AUGGAAAAAUCCAAAAAUUUCCGGAUCGAUGCUCUUCUAGCAGUCGACCCCCCGAAAGCUGCCUCGGCACAGACUUCUCCGCUAGCUCUGGUCACGUCUCUUUCCGCCUCGGCAGCCACAUCUGGCAACAGCAGCAGCAGCGGGGGAAGCAGCAGCAGCGGCAGCAGUAGCAGCAGCAGCUGCAGUCCCCCUUCCUCGGAGCACCACACUGGCGGCUCGGUGCUGAGGACGGAGAGCCCGUCCCCGCCUCGGAUCCUCGCAGCCCACUGCGGGCUGGUGCCCAAGCCAGGUUUCCUGAGCAGCGGCAGCGGCGCCGCUGGCCAUCACCACCACCACCCUGGUGCGGCCGCUGCAGCCGCAGCAGCGGCCGCAGCCGGAGGGAUGGCCCUAGGGUUGCACCCAGCGCAGGGUGGAGCGGGGAUCCCCACCCAAGCGGCUCUCUACGGUCAUCCCAUGUACAGCUACUCCGCGGCGGCGCUAGCCGGCCAGCACCCGGCUCUGUCUUACUCCUACUCCCAGGUGCAAGGGGCCCACCCCACCCACCCCGCAGACCCCAUCAAACUCAGCGCUGGCACCUUCCAGCUCGACCAGUGGCUCAGGGCGUCCACCGCGGGCAUGAUCUUGCCCAAAAUGCCCGAUUUUAACUCCCAGGCACAGUCCAACCUUCUGGGGAAAUGCCGGCGGCCUCGCACUGCCUUUACCAGCCAGCAGCUUCUGGAACUGGAACACCAAUUCAAGCUCAACAAAUACCUCUCCCGUCCCAAGCGCUUCGAGGUGGCCACGUCGCUGAUGCUCACCGAGACCCAGGUGAAAAUCUGGUUCCAGAACCGGAGGAUGAAAUGGAAACGGAGCAAAAAAGCCAAGGAACAGGCGGCGCAGGAGGCCGAGAAGCAGAAGGGAGGGGCGGGGAAAGGUGGAGGAGGGGAGGAAAAGGGAGAGGAGGACCUGCUGCUUCCCUCAGACAAGAGCAGCAGCCGCCGCCUUCGGGACUUGAGGGACAGUGACCCAGAGGAGGAGGAGGACGAGGACGAGGAGGAGGAGGAAGGGCAUUUCUCCUACAAGAACAAUAACACGGCCCACUCCUCAGAUUGCACCUCUGAGGACGACUCUCCGCACACAAGACCCGCGGGACCGGGGCAUCAGCCCCUGCCCCAAUGA